AGAAGGAGCGGGAGAAAGAGGAAGAGGAGGGACAGAGGAGGAGGAGGAGCAGCCCCAGCCCCGCUCCGGCCGCGGCUCGCCCGGAUCCGCCGGCAUCGCCCGCCCGGAGCCCGCCGCCCAGGAUUUCCCAUUGCCAAACCUCGGCCCUAUGGAGGAGGAGGAGGAGGCUGUGAGGAAGAGGAAGAUGUCCCCGGAGCCCCAGGCAGAGCAGGAGCUGGGCAUGGAGAGCAGCGAGGACAAAUCCCAUCGUGUCCUUGUCCUCCCUCGGCCAGAGCAGGAGCUGGGCAUGGAGAGCAGCAAGGACAAAUCCCAUCGUGUCCUUGUCCUCCCUCGGCCAGAGCAGGAGCUGGGCAUGGAGAGCAGCGAGGACAAAUCCCAUCGUGUCCUUGUCCUCCCUCGGCCAGAGCAGGAGCUGGGCAUGGAGAGCAGCGAGGACAAAUCCCCGCGGCGGCAGAACCUGGUGGCAGAGGCCGUUUGGAGCGGCUCCACGGCGCAGGAAGGCAGCGGGGAGGAGAAGCCGCGGAGAUCCCUCAGCAGGAGGGGCUGCAAAGGCAGAGCGCGGGGAUCCGAGGGGGAAAGAGCCAGCCUGGGCCGGGGAGGGGGUCAGAGCUCAGAGCUGGGGGUACGUGAGCAGCUCCAGGAUGGGGAGAAGCCCCACAAGAACUCGGAGCUGGGGGUCCGUCAGCAGCUCCAGGAUGGGGAGAAGCCCCACAAGAGCUCAGAGCUGGGGGUCCGUGAGCAGCUCCAGGAUGGGGAGAAGCCCCACAAGAGCUCAGAGCUGGGGGUCCGUGAGCAGCUCCAGGAUGGAGGGAAGCCCCACAAGUGCCUGGAAUGUGGGAAGAGCUUCAGGUGGAAAUCAUCCCUGGUUGACCAUUCCAGAAUCCACAGUGGGGAGAAGCCCUAUGAGCGUGGGGAAUCUGGGAAAAGCUUCAGCUCAAGCUCCAGCCUGGUUGUCCACCAGAGGAUCUACACAGGGCAAGAGCUGAGAUCCGAGGGGGAAAAACCCAGCCUGGGUCAGGGAGGGGGUCAGAGAUCAGAGCUGGGGGUCCGUGAGCAGCUCCAGAAUGGGGAGAAGCCCCACAAGUGCCCGGAAUGUGGGAAGCGCUUUUGGUGGAGAUGCAGAUUGAUGCGCCAUUCCAGAAUCCACACUGGGGAGAAGCCCUGUAAGCGUGGGGAAUCUGGGAAAAGCUUCAGCUCAAGGUCUAGCCUGGUUGUCCACCAGAAGAGCCACAUGGGAAAAGAGCUGGGAUCUGAGGGGGAAAAACCCACCCUGGGUCAGGGAGGGCGUCAGAGAUCAGAGCUGGGGGUCCGUGAGCAGCUCCAGGAUGGGGAGAAGCCCCACAAGAGCUCGGAAUGUGGGAAGAGCUUCACGCUGAGCUCCCACCUGGUUGUCCACCAGAAGAGCCACACGGGGCAAGAGGUGAGAUCCGAGGGGCAAAGAGCCAGCCUGGGCCAGGGAGGGGGUCAGAGCUCAGAGCUGGGGGUCCGUGAGCAGCUCCAGGAUGGGGAGAAGCCCCACAAGAACUCGGAGCUGGGGGUCCGUGAGCAGCUCCAGGAUGGGGAGAAGCCCCACAAGUUCUCAGAGCUGGGGGUCCCUGAGCAGCUCCAGGAUGGGGAGAAGCCCCACAAGUUCUCAGAGCUGGGGGUCCGUGAGCAGCUCCAGGAUGGAGAGAAGCCCCACAAGAGCUCGGAGCUGGGGGUCCCUGAGCAGCUCCAGGAUGGGGAGAAGCCCCACAAGAGCUCGGAGCUGGGGGUCCCUGAGCAGCUCCAGGAUGGGGAGAAGCCCCCCAAGAGCUCGGAGCUGGGGGUCCCUGAGCAGCUCCAGGAUGGGGAGAAGCCCCACAAGUGCCUGGAAUGUGGGAAGAGCUUCAGGUGGAGAUGCAGAUUGACGCGCCAUUCCAGAAUCCACAGUGGGGAGAAGCCCUGUGAGGGUGGGGAAUCUGGGAAAAGCUUCAGCACGAGCUCCACCCUGAAUAUCCUCCAGAGGAGCGACAUGGGGAAAGAGCUGGGAUCUGAGGGGGAAAAUCCCACCCUGGGUCAGAGCUCUGAGCUGGGGGUCCAUGAGCAGCUCCAGGAUGGGGAGAAGCCCCACAAGUGCUCAAAAUGUGGGAAGAGCUUUAGGUGGAAGUGUAGAUUGAUGCACCAUUCCAGAAUCCACACUGGGGAGAAGCCCCACAAGUGCCUGGAAUGUGGGAAGAGCUUCAGGUGGAAAUCAUCCCUGGUUGACCAUUCCAGUAUCCACAUUGGGGAGAAGCUCAAUGAGCAUGGGGAAUCUGGGAAAAGCUGCUCAAGCUCCAGCCUGGUUGUCCACCAGAAGAGCCACACGGGGAAAGAUCUGGGAUCUGAGGGGGAAAAACCCAGCCUGGGUCAGGGAGGUGGUCAGAGCUCGGAGCUGGGGGUCCGUGAGGAACUCCAGGAUGGGGAGAAGCCCCACAAGAGCUCGGAGCUGGGGGUCCGUGAGCAGCUCCAGGAUGGGCAGAAGCCCCACAAGUGCCCGGAAUGUGGGAAGAGCUUCAGGUGGAGAUCCAGAAUGAUGCGCCACUACAGAGUCCACACGGCGGGGAAACCCUACAAGUGUGGGGAGUCUGGGAAAAGCUUCAGCUCAAGCUCCAGCCUGGUUGUCCACCAGAAGAGCCACAUGGGGCAAGAGCUGGGAUCUGAGGGGGAAAAACCCAGCCUGGGUCAGGGAGGAGGUCAGAGAUCAGAGCUGGGGGUCCGUGAGGAACUCCAGGAUGGGGAGAAGCCCCACAAGUGCCUGGAAUGCGGGAAGAGCUUCAAGCGGAGACCCAACCUGAUGGAGCACCGCAGAAUCCACAACGGGGAGAAACCCUACGAGUGUCCCCAGUGCGGGAAGAGGUUCACCUGGAGCUCGCAGCUGAUCAUCCACCAGAGGGGCCACACCGGGGAGAGACCCUACGAGUGUCAGCAGUGCGGGAAGAGCUUCAGCUGGAAGUCUCACCUGACCGCCCACCUGAGGAUCCACACUGGGGAGAAACCCUACGAGUGCAAGGUGUGCAAGAAGAGGUUCCAGAGCAGCUCCACCCUCCUCGUGCACCAGCGCUCGCACACGGGGGAGAGGCCCUUCCACUGCCCCAAGUGCGGGAAGAGCUUCAGGGAGAACUCGACCCUGAUCAGGCACCGGCGCACCCACACCGGGGAGAGACCCUACGAGUGUGACAAAUGUGACAACACGUUUCCCACCAGCUCCAGUCUCCUGGUGCACCAGCGCAUCCACACCGGGGAGAAGCCGUUCCGCUGCCCCGAGUGUGGGAAGGGAUUCACACAAAACUCCAGCCUGGUCAAACACCGGCGCGUCCACACCGGGGAACGACCCUACAAGUGUUCCCAGUGCGGGAAGAGCUUCACGCAGAGCUCCAACCUGAUUGUCCACCAGAGGAGCCACGCCGAGCGGCCCUACGAGUGCGAGCACUGCGGGAAGAGCUUCUCGCAGAGCUCCAGCCUGAUUGUCCACCAGAAGAUCCACGCCGGGGCCAGGCCCUACGAGUGUAGGAGGUGCGGGAAGAGCUUCGCCACCAGGUCCUACCUGCUCACGCACCAGAUGAUCCACACCGGGGAGAGGCCCUACGAGUGCGGCGAGUGUGGGAAGGGCUUCAUGUCCAAGUCCCACCUGAUCUACCACCAGAGGUGCCACACCGGGGAGAAACCCUACGAGUGUGACGUCUGCAAGAAGAGGUUCCUGACCAGCUCCCAUCUCUUCAGCCACCAGCUGAUGCACACCGAGGAGAGGCCGUUCCACUGCCCCGAGUGUGGGAAGGGAUUCAGGCACAAGUCCAACCUGGUCACCCACCAGCACAUCCACACCGGGCAGAAGCCCUACGAGUGUCCCCAGUGUGGGAAGGGCUUCACCAGGAGCUUCACCUUGGCCAGACACCAGGAGAGCCACACCGGGGAGAGACCCUACGAGUGUCCCCUGUGUGGGAAAAGCUUCAGCUCGAGGUCCAGCCUGGUUGUCCACCGGCGCGUCCACAGCGGGGAGAGGCCCUACGAGUGCGAUGUGUGCAAGAAAAGGUUCCUGACCAGCUCCUGUCUCCUGGUGCACCAGAGGACUCACACAGAGGAGAAACCCUUCCGCUGCCCCGACUGCGGGAAGAGCUUCAGUCAGAAGUCCAACCUCCUCAUCCACCAUCGCAUCCACACCGGGGAGAAACCCUACGGGUGUGGGCUGUGUGGGAAGAGCUUCAGGACCAACUGCCAGCUGGUGAUCCACCUGAGGAUCCACACGGGAGAGCAGCCCUACGAGUGUGGGCGGUGCGGGAAGAGCUUUAGGGCAUGUUCCAGCCUGAUUGUCCACCAGAGGAUCCACAUGGAAGAACGGCCCUUCAAGUGUGGGCAGUGCGGGCAGAGCUUCACGCGGAACUCCCGGCUGGUUUUUCACCAGAGGAGUCACCGAGGGGGAUCCGAGGGGGACAAACCCACGCUGGGUCAUGGAGGGGGUCAGAGAUCUGAGCUGGGGGUCCACCAGCAGCUCCAGAAUGAGGAGAAACCCCACAAAUGCCCGGAAUGUGGGAAGAGCUUCACGUGUAAAUCCUCCCUGGUCUACCACCACCGCAUCCACACCGGAGAGAGACCCUACAAGUGUCUCCAGUGUGGGAAGAGCUUCAUCGAGAGCUCUGCCCUGGUUGUCCACCGCAGGAUCCACACCGGAGAACGACCCUACAAGUGUGAGCACUGCGGGAAGGCCUUCGCUUCCAGCACGGAGCUGACCGUCCACCGCCGCGUCCACACGGGGGAACGGCCCUACCAGUGUCCCCAGUGCGGGAAGAGCUUCUCCAGGAACUCCCACCUGACUGUCCACCUGAGGUCCCACACCAGGGAGAGGCCCUACGACUGCGUCCAGUGCGGGAAGAGCUUCAUGACGAGCUCCUCCCUGCUGAAACACCGCAGGUACCACGCCAGCGAGAAACCCUACGAGUGUGGGAGGUGUGGGAAGAGCUUCCCGGUGAGAUCCCGUCUGACCAUCCACCAGAGGAGCCACACCGGCGAGAAACCCUUCAAGUGUGGGCAGUGCGGGAAGAGCUUCACCACCAACUCCUACCUGAUCAUCCACCGGAGAUUCCACAGCGGGGAGAGGCCCUUCAAGUGCGGGGAGUGUGGGAAGAGCUUCAUCACGCGCUGCCUGCUGAUGUACCACCAGAGGAUCCACACUGGAGAACGCCCCUACGAGUGUGAUGUCUGCAGCAAGGCCUACAGGACCAGCUCCCUGCUCCUCACGCACCAACGCACUCACACCGAUGAGAAACCCUUCCGCUGCCCCGACUGCGGGAAGGGCUUCCGGGAGAACUCCACCCUCACCACCCACCGGCGCGUCCACUCCGGCGAGAGACCCUACGUGUGCCCCCAGUGUGGGAAGAGCUUCCUACUGAGCUCCCACCUGGUUGUCCACCAGAGGAGGCACACGGGAGAACGUCCCUACAAGUGUCAGGAGUGUGGGAAGAGCUUCACGACUCACAACUACCUGGUCAUCCACCAGAGGAGCCACACCGGCGAGAAACCCUUCAAGUGUGACCAGUGUGGGAAGUGCUUCAGCACCAGCUCCUGCUGGCGUUCCCACCAGAAAUGCCACAGCCAGGAGAAGCCCUUCGAGUGUUUGCUGUGUGGGAAGAAGUUCAGGAUUAACUCCACCCUCCAGAGGCACCAGCGCACGCACACGGGGGAGAAACCCUUCCGCUGCCCCGACUGCAAGAGGGGCUUCAAGCUCCACACCUACCUGGCCAAGCACCGGCUCAUCCACGCCGGGGAGGGGCCCCGGGACUGUCCCCAGUGCGGGAAGAGCUUCUCGGCCACCUCUCUCUUGGCCAGACACCAGUGGAAGUACCACUAAGGGCAGCCCUGAGGGUGGGAAGAGCUUCGUGGGCUUCUCCAGCUCCGUCCUACACGGGAGGAUCUGCUCUGGGUGGUCCCCAGGUGGGCAGAGCUCAGGUGAUCCGUGUUUGGAGGACACCUGGCUAAGAGCUCCUCAUCCUCCUGCCCAGGUGGGCAGA